AUGUUCAUUUUGGUGGGCUGUCAUCAGGCAGCCCCCAAAUAUUGUUGCAGUAUGUGGUGGUAUAUUUUACUAAGUGUUAUUUGCUUUGAAAGUUUUGGAGUUACGGGUUCUAAUAGCACUGGAGUUACAAACAACGUGUGUUCACUGAAGCAAUUUCAAUGUGCAAAUGGGAAAUGUAUACCAUUAUCCUGGGUAUGCGAAGGAGACAACGAUUGCGGCGACAACUCGGAUGAAAAUAUCGAGGAAUGCAAAAAAGUUUUGAUGGAAUAUAUUGAUGUUUCUGCUAUAGAAGGAAUGAGGAAGGAGGAAUCAAUGUAA